GAAUGUCAAAAAAGCAUCAACUAUGGUGCAAUGAUGCACUGGUACUAUGACGAUGUUUCCGAGCCACGGUUUACAAAUCCAGUCAUACGGUGGGUCAAUUGAAGGUAUUAAAGAGUCCAUUGCUCGACGCUUUUCAUCAAUAUCAUCAACUCCAAUCCAAUACAAUCAUCACAAGCUUCUCAAUACAAACAUCAAGCUCAAGCUUCUAAGCUAGUCAAAUACAUACUCCAAAGCAUAAAAUCAUCAAACAAAACAAAUCAUCCGAUCAAUCUACUACCAACAUAUCAACUUCUCUCCAUCAAUCUACCACACAAACAAACAAAUCAACGCUACGAAUAGCUUCCAACCUAAGCUUCAUAUAACCACCUCAACUCCAAUCGGAAACAUUCUACAACCAAUCAUCACCUCCACAACAACAACCAAAACACCAACCAAAAUGUCCUCCCCAGUCUCCCGCGCCUCUUUCGAAACCACCAACACCACCUCCACCUACGACACCAUCCUCAAGGACAACACCACCGCCACUGUUUCCGCAACCCCAAAGCCCUCUCUCGCCAGCAAGACAUGGUCCGCCAUCAAAAAGGCCGCCAAGGAGCACCAUGAGAGCGUGAACGGCGCCUACGCGACCUACUACGGCCAGAACCAGGGAAAGUACUGAGGGCGUAGCUCGCAGACUUCUUCUCUUCACGGCCUAAUUAUGUUACGAAUUCAAGAGGGUGUAGAUUGGAGUUAGUUUUCAUUGGGCGGAGUUGGUGAUUUGAUUUUAGGGUGGACGCGACGAGGGUGCUUGAGCUCGAUACCUUAUAUAGAUCCUGACUAUCCUUUCCUUUUCUUUUUCGUUUUGUUCAUUCAUUUUCGAAUGUAUAUAAUGUCUAUCGACGCGCAGCGAGACACCAGGGGAUUACGAGACGAAAUCUAGAUACAUACUUUAAUAUUGAAAACUAUCAAACAUUAA